UGCAGAGGAAUAAACCCCGAUGGAUAUUCUCAAAGCUCUCAGACAAAACAACCAAUUCAGAAAGUUAAUUAAUGGCAGCAAGACAGCAACCAAGAGGAACAGGCCUAGAGGUUCAGUAUAAAGAUUUUGUCCCUAAAUCUGAUUGGAAAGACCAACCUGAAGCCAUUCUAUUCACCAUUGAUCUUCCAGGUUUUACAAAGGAGCAAAUAAAGGUAAUGUAUGUGCACGCCUCAACGAUGAUAAGAGUCACCGGAGAACGUCCCCUGGCUGGUCGGAAAUGGAGCCGUUUCAACAAAGUGUUCACUGUUCCUCAGAAUUGUCUAGCAAAUAAGAUCCAUGGGAGCUUCAAUAACAACACGUUAACAAUCACCAUGCCUAAGGAGACGAUUACAAAGAUGCCUAAUCUUCCAGAAACUUCUAAAACUAUGGCUGAUAAGGUGGAGAAGCUAGAGGAGAAGAGGUUGUUGGAGGAAUCUACUAGGAAAGAGAAGGAAGCAGAGGCUGAGAAGAAGAAGAAGAAGCUUUUGGAAGAGAAAGAGGGAAUACUUAGGAAGCUUCAAGAAGAAGCUAAAGCAAAAGAGAUGGCUGAGGCAAAGAAGCUGCAAGAAGAAGCUGUAGCAAAAGAGAAGGCUGGGACAAAGAGGAUGCAAGAAGAAGCAAUAGCAAAAGAGAAGGCUGAGGCAAGGAGGUUGCAAGAAGAAGCAAAAGCAAGAGAGAUGGUAGAGGCAAGGAGGCUUCAAGAAGAAGUUAUAGCAAAAGAGAAGGCCGAGGCAAGGAGGUUGCAAGAAGAAGCAAAAGCAAAAGAGAUGGCUGAGGCAAAAAGGCUUCAAAAAGCAGCUAUAUCAAAAGAGAAGCUGUUGGAAGAAGCUGCACUAGAGAAGAAGAUCCAGGAUAAGAAAUCUAUGGAUGAAUUUGUAAGAAAAGAGAAGAUGAAAGAAAAACUAAGUUACUCGGUUCUGGAAGAAAAUAAAACAGGAAAAGGAAUAAUGGAGAAAAUAAGGGGAAGAGAAAUAACAAGUGAAGAGAAGAAGUUGAUGAUGGAUGUAGGAGUGUCUGCCUUUGUUAUCUUUGCCCUAGGAGCUUACGUUUCUUACAGACCAGAAUGAGAAUGAUAUGGUCUUAAACGAAGUUGUGUAUAAAGCUCUUAUACUUUGUAAAAUGUGAUAUUCCAAAAAUCUAAUAAAGUUUGAUGAUGCCAU